UCCUCUAAAUCAAACAGAACCCCAGCCUCCCCUCCUUUGUAUUACCCUCUCUCCUCUGUCUCUCUCUGUGCAACCUGAGGAGAGAAAAGCAAUAAGACCCUUUUGCAGCCACAAAAAGUUUCUUCACAGCAUCUGCUGCUUCAGCAGCCUCAUUGCAUCCCCAUAUAUAUCAACUGAUCAAAAGCCUGAAACUCCCUGAGAAUGAAUUUUCUUUCCCCGAUUUGACUUCCAACUAAGUUGUUUUUUUCUUUUUGGGGUGAGAGAAUUUUUCCCUCAUUCCGACUUGUCAUCUUUCUUUUCCAUGCGAAAAGAACGGUAAAUCCUCAGGUAAAAAAAAGCUGACCAGUCUAUUUUACCUCUUCGAUCCAUUUUCAGAACUUUCUUUCAAAACUCUACUGUCACUCAAUCAAUAAUAGAUCGUUUCCAAAUGCCCCAAAGACACCACAUCUAGUCUCGUCCCUUUCUCUCCUCUGCUUUUCUCAGUCUCAUUUUUCAUUCUCUCUGUCUUCUCAAAUUUGAUAUCCUCUCUCUCUCUCUCUCUCUCUCUCUCUCUCUCUCUCUCUCUCUACCCAUGAUGCAAUUCACUGAAACUCCACCACCAACCUUCCACCAAAUCUCUCCGUUCACAAGCCUCCUCUCUAUGAACAAAAACCAAAUUCAUCGAACUCGGCCGUGGCCGGGUUUUCCGACAUCGAAGUCGGCUUUGGGCAGCUUGGGCGAUGCCAAUUGCAUGGAACAAUUACUCGUUCACUGCGCAAACGCAAUUGAAAGCAACGAUGCGACUCUGGCUCAGCAAAUCUUAUGGGUUCUAAACAACAUCGCACCUCCCGACGGCGAUUCGAAUCAGCGACUCACUUGUGGGUUCCUCCGAGCUCUCAUCGCUCGAGCGGCCAAGAGCGGGAGUUGUAAAAUGCUCACUGCCGUAGCGAACGCGAACGCUAACGCUAAUCUAGCGAUCGACACCCACAAAUUCUCAAUCAUCGAGCUCGCCAGCUUCGUUGACUUGACUCCGUGGCAUCGAUUCGGGUUCACUGCGGCCAAUGCAGCGAUUCUAGAAGCUGUCGAGGGUUGCUCUGUCAUUCAUAUGGUUGAUUUAAGCUUGACACAUUGCAUGCAAAUUCCUACUCUGAUUGAUGCGAUAGCGAGUCGGCUAGAGGGACCUCCGCUCAUCAAGCUCACCGUGGCCGGAGCCACCGAAGACGUGCCGCCGAUGCUCGAUCUUUCAUACGAGGACUUGGGUACAAAGUUAGUUAACUUCGCUCGGUCGCGUAAUGUUUCGAUGGAGUUUCGAGUGAUUCCUUCGAGUUCUUCAGAUGGGUUCUCUUCAUUAAUCGAACAACUCCGAAUUCCACAACAUUUAGUGAAAUCAAACAAUGCUACAGAGGCUUUAGUAAUAAACUGUCACAUGAUGCUUCACUACAUACCCGAAGAGACCCUAUGUUCUUUCGAAAAUCCUCCGACUUCCUCAUACCGAACAAUGUUUCUCAACUCGCUUCGCGAUUUAGACCCUACAAUCGUUGUUUUAGUCGAUGAAGAUGCGGAUUUUACAUCCAAUGAUUUGGCGUGUAGAUUAAGAUCGGCUUUUAAUUAUCUAUGGAUACCGUAUGAUACGGUGGACACGUUUCUACCUCGGGAGAGCAAGCAGAGGCAGUGGUACGAAACGGAUAUUUGUUGGAAGGUGGAAAAUGUGAUAGGGCAUGAGGGUGUCCAAAGGGUGGAGAGGCUGGAGCCGAAGAGCCGGUGGGUGCAAAGGAUGAGGAAUGCGUGUUUUCGGGGGGUUUCAUAUAGCGAAGAAGCAGUUUCAGAGGUGAAGAGUAUGCUGGAUGAGCAUGCAGCUGGGUGGGGGUUGAAGAGGGAAGAAGAUGAUCUUGUGCUCACAUGGAAAGGCCACAAUGUGGUGUUUGCUACUGCUUGGGUACCUACUUAAUUGAUGUUUUUUUAUUUUAUUUUUACUAUUUCAACUCAUUAAUCUUUUUUUUUUAAUUGGUGAUCCAUUCUUCUUCUGCUAAUUAUUAUUACUUUUAAAGUAGAUGAGAGCUAACUAUCUUUAAUGUUUUAAGGGUUUUAAGUUAACCAGUUGGCAUUAACUUGGUAUAUUUUUUUGGCAUUACCCUAAUUAUUGUUAAUUAA